AUGAAUAAGAGCUUCGGAUCUCUUGUCGUUGGCGCGGGAGGUUUCGAAAACCUCCCGUUUUUAGAAAAGGAUUGUCGGAAUUACAUCGAUAAGGCAAGACAUCUAAGGCUUGGCGCGGGUGGUGCUAGAGCGCUUCAGGAAUAUUUUUUACGGAUGCAAUACAAGAAUCCUAGGUUCUUUGCGUCGAUGGAUCUAGAUGACGACGGGAGGUUGAAGAAUGUCUUCUGGGCAGACCCUCGUAGUAGGGCAGCCUAUGAAGAUUUCGGUGACGUGGUUACAUUCGACACCACAUAUCUGACGAAUAGAUAUGGGAUGCCAUUUGCACUAUUUGUUGGUGUAAAUCACCACGGCCAGUCAAUUCUUUUGGGAGUAGGAUUGAUAUCCAGUGAGGAUACGACAACGUUUGUGUGGUUAUUCAAGACUUGGUUACAGUGUAUGGAUGGUAUAGCUCCUAGAGCUAUUAUCACAGAUCAGGACAGAGCAAUGAAGAAUGCUAUUAAUAUUGUCUUCCCAAAAAGUCGACAUCGAUUUUGUUUGUGGCAUAUACUGAAAAAAUUAAUCACCACUUACAACUUGGAGGAGAAUGCUUGGCUGCAAACUUUAUACACUGAGCUUGAGCAUUGGGUAUCGGCAUUCUUGAAAGAUACAUUUUGGGCGGGGAUGAGUACAACGCAACGGAGCGAGAGCAUAAAUGCUUUUUUUGAUGGUUAUGUUUACGCUAAGACAAACUUGAAAGAGUUUGUCGAUCAGUUUGACAACGCAUUGAAGAAAAAGAUUGAGAAUGAAAAUAGCUCUGACUUUCACUCCUUCAGCGUCACUAUUCCCUGCAUAUCUAGAUCUCCGAUUGAAAAGAAGUUUCAAGAAUGUUACACGAAUACAAAAUUCAGAGAAGUUCAGCGAGAACUGCAAUGUCUUAUAGAUUUGGCUCCAGAGUUACUUAAGAGAGAUGAUGGUGUAAAGACGUACCUUGUAGAGGAUGAAGUUCAUGUGGAAGAAUUCACUAAGCUAGUUACAUAUUCAGUGGACUUUAGUGAUGUGGAUACAGCUGCAAAGUGUUCGUGUGGGCUAUUUCAGAUGAGGGCUGGUUCAAAAAAACAUACUGAGGAUGCAUUACAGAAGUUACAUGCAAUGAUUGAGUUAUAUAGUGAGAACCAAGAACCUCCAUCUAGAACAUGUACGGGUUCCAAUGUUAUUCCUUCGAUACCGAAGACGACUACAUAUGCAGGUUCACAGAAAGUACUCAGUCCGCUAGUAGUAAGAGGGAAAGGCAGACCACCAUCUUUGAAGAGAGCAUCGAUAAUGGAAAAAGAGAUGCAGAAAGUUAAAACGAAGGCGAAGAAUGCAACAGUCAAGAAAAAACGUAAACAGAGAGAUGGAGGAGAUACACCUAUGCCACCCUCGUGCAGGAAUUUAUUUGGCCCGUCAAAUGAAGAUAUAUCCAAUGUUGGAUUGAUGCAGCCUAUUGAAGACAGUCCAGUUGUUGACAUUAGUGGAACCCAGCGCCAAGAAUCAAUGAUCGGGAGUCAAGAAAGCGCAUGUGCACACUGCAAUUUCUUGAGUUUGUGA